ACAUGAUCCGCCAAUGGAUGUACCAACAGCCUACCCAACGCGGACAGCGUUCGUGCCAUUGUUGCAAGGGUCAAGUGCGGGUCACGUUAGGCCGGGAGAAUGCACAUGCGUACGAGACAAACGCGAUGACUUCUCAGCUAAGUUCGUAUGUAGGAUAAGACUACACGGUCUGCAGCCACCGAGGGACGGUUAACGACUUCAGAAGCUCCAGACUGAUCGUCGUACGCGUGUGGUCUGAUCGGUCUAGCUCCAAGGCUGAUAUAAGUGUCGAGACUCCCUUUUCAUGUUCACUUUUGUCUGUUAUACUACUUCGCUCCAUUGUACCUUACCCCACCUCGAGCAUCUCCACAUCCCAAGAAAGGAGAUCUAAAGGGGCACAGCAGACACAAAAUGGCACCAUCAGAGAUGCCCAGCUCCUUAAACGGUGUCAAUGGAAUCGCACAGAUGUACGACUAUCCUCCAGCCAACCCAGAGGGCGAAUAUGCCAUUCUCAACCAGUAUCACUCGAAGCCCAGCAAACUGCGAGUGGCAUGCGCUGGAGCUGGAGCUUCCGGCCUCUGCUUGGCAUACAAGAUGGAGAGGAUGCUUACCCCGGGAUCGUGGGAAUUGACACUCUUCGAGAAGAACCCACACUUUGGCGGUACUUGGUACGAGAAUACUUACCCCGGUGUGGCUUGCGAUAUUCCCGCCCACGACUAUAAUUUCACAUGGGACCCCAAGCCCGACUGGUCACAAUUCUUUGCUAGUGGCAAGGAGAUCCAGGGUUAUUUUGAGAAUUUUGCGGACAGACAUGGAAGCCGAAAGUACAUGAAGCUCAACAGCAAGAUCACCGAAGCGCGAUGGGAUGAGAACAAGGGUGUGUGGAGGCUGAAGAUCACAAACCCCCAGACGAACGAGCAAACAGAGGAUUGGGCACAUGCUUUCGUGAACGGCACAGGAAUCUUGAACACAUGGAAAUGGCCUGAAAUCGAGGGUCUCCACGAUUUCAAAGGACCACUGAUGCAUUCCGCUCACUGGGACCAUACCGUUGACUUUGAUGGCAAGACCGCUGGCGUGAUUGGCACUGGGUCCACAAGUGUUCAGAUUGUUCCACAACUACAGAAGAUCUGCAAAGAAGUUCAAGUCUACAUGCGAAGUCCAACGUGGAUCUCUCCUCCUUUCGGUGCCGGCGCACUCACGAACGACCUACAGAAGGGAGAAGACGUAAACCCAGGGCAAAGACAGUACGACUUCACCGAAGCAGACAAGAAGAAGUUUGCCGAAGAUCCAGAAUAUCAUCUGGAUUUCCGCAAGCGCAUCGAGGCAGAAAUCAACAGUCUAUUCGGAAUGUAUCAGCAGAACUCGGAACUGAGCCACAUGUUCCGCAAGGUCAUCACUGAGGAGAUGAAUCGUCGCAUGGGCCCCGGUCACGAAAAGCUCAAGGAGUUCAUUAUCCCUAAAUGGUCGCCUGGCUGCCGAAGAAUCUCGCCUGGUGAUGGCUAUCUUGAGGCUCUGGUUAAGGACAACGUUACCCCAGUUUUCGGUGGCAUCAAGCGCGUGGUGCCCGAGGGAAUCGAGACCGUCGAUGGACAGGUACACAAGAUGGAUAUAUUAGUCUGCGCUACUGGCUUCCAAGUCGCCUUUCAGCCUGCCUUCACGGUCAUCAACGGCGAGGGCAAGUCGAUCAAAGAGGACUGGGUAGACGGACCCAACCUUUACUUUGGCGUGUCUGCGCCUCGAUUCCCCAACUACUACACAAUCGUCGGACCAGGCGCUACAUGGAGUAACGGCACCUUGCUCCCGUCGAUCGAGACCACAAUCGAGUACUCUGUCAAGUGCAUGCGCAAGAUGCAGACAGAAGGAAUCAAGGCCAUGGCAGUCAAGCAAGACGCUCUAGAUGCGAUCUACGACCACUUCGACACAUACCACAAGACGACCGUGUGGCAAGAGGAGUGCCGCAGUUGGUUCAAGGACGGUAAGAUCAAAAAUCGGAUCUACUUGUGGCCUGGCGCAACGAUCCAUUUCCUCAAGUCGAUCAAAGACCCUCGAUUCGAAGACUACGAUUACACCUAUCGAUACAAGAAUAGGUUUGCGUACCUGGGCAAUGGAGACGUCAAGGCGACGGCGUCUCGAGAUGUUCUUGGUCUCAGCCCUUACAUCAGGAACUCAGAUCACGAAUGGCAUGUCGACUAAUGGUGGCAAAGACGAGUUCCAGCAAUUCAUCGCAUCUUGUUAGCGUCUUUAUCAUUGUGUUUUUCCGGAAUGAACAGCUACCUAUUACAAGUAGGUGGCAUACACGCAUAGGUGGGGUCAGCAGGGCUCGACUAUGUGCACUACCAUAGGGUUCAGCGGGAAUGGUGUGGUGGGUGUCGAUGGAAACUAUUGGGGCCCGGACCUGGGCGAGCAUCUCGCCUUUUCGGAGAAAAACCCGGAGAAUGUCACAGCUGAUGUGGUUUGCCAUUCAUCAAUUUGGUAUCGAAUUCCUUCGUGGCCAUUAGCUUCUUUGAUUCUGGCAUAGUCCAUACCCGAAGUCUAUCUAGCGAUCUUUUUCUGUG